AUGGGCUCUUCCGAUACUUUCCCGACCCUGGAGUCACUUCAUUUCCCGUCGGCGCAGCUUUCAAUCUCCCAGACACUUUCAUCUCUGCGUCGAUCGGCGCUGUCCGUCGCCAAUCGGCUCCAGUCUAUUGAGACAGACGCCACCUUUGCGCAAGAGGUUGCGGACCACUAUGGCCUACCGCUGGUUGCUAAUGAGCGCUGCGGAAGCUGGUAUAUCCCGCCUACAGCCAAGGCUGGCAGUACUUAUUUCAAGAGUACCGACGGCCACACCGUGAUGCCGGAUGCAUUAUCAAAAACGGUCCCAAUCUGGAGUGCCGUCCUGAACAGAGCUCUAUUCCCAUCCGCCACUGCAUACCACCCAGUCCGCCUUCCGCCCGAUUACCUCGGAGCAUCGGAAGAGGCACAGAUCGAGAAUCGAAUCGAAGGAUUCGUGCAUUCACUAAAGAGCCUAAAACUUGAUCUGGACAAUCUGCGCCAGCAACUCGGGAAACCAAUCCAGAUCGCCUGGGCCAACAGGACAUACUUCCACCCCGCGGAUCUGCACACGAGCGAUGAGUACAAUCUACUCGUACUAUGUUCCGCUUCGAGGCGCGUGCACGGCGCCGAAAUGUCCGAAGGCGGAUACAUUCAAGGCGCGGGGGAUGAUAGCGAGGCGUGGGCGUAUGGGCUGACGCCGCCGGUGUUCUGGGCUAAUCAGGCUGUUCUGAAGAGUACACCUGAAGAUGAAUUGCCGGGGCUUAUUGACCGACUGGUGGCUGAGCACAAGUUGCUGGGUAUGGCUCAAGAUGCGACGCUCAUUGCUCCCACGCGCAAUUUGUACAUUGGCUCUGGGGGCGGGGUUAAUGAUGGAGGUCGAUAUGAUCUUGUCAUUGACUGCAAUGGUAGCGCUACGGCUGUGGAGGGCAAUGCGAAGCGGCUCAAUUUGGGUUGCGAUUCUGGGAAACUGGGAAGUCGUGAUCUACGGAAAUGCCUGGACAAAGUGCGUGAGUUCACCGGGGAUCAUCUUGGGGCGAAUUCAUCGCUUUCGGUGCUAGUUACUUGUGAAAAUGGGAAAGAUCUCUCGGCAGGGACGCUUCUAGCGAUCAUUUGUCUGUUUUAUAGUGAUGAGGGCGACUUCGAUGCUUCACUGAGCAAACGUGCGAUCAGCAAGCAGUUCAUUCGACAGCGUUUAGCCUGGAUCGUGUCGUCGAAACAUGACGUGAACCCGUCUCGCGCCACGCUUCAAUCUGUCAAUGCUUUCCUGAUGCAGCCGCCGGAUUAUUGA